GACAUCACUCAAGUUAAAAAGCACGCUUCCUUGCUAGGUGAGGAAAAGAAGAAGAGUGAAGAGUUAUUGUUGAAUAUUUUGCCAUUACCGGUUGCCAAUAGAUUGAAACAAGGAGAGACUUUCAUUGCAGAAAAGUUUGCAGAUGUUACGAUUUUCUUCUCUGAUAUGGUUGGUUUCACCAAAAUGUCAUCAGGAAUGGAAGCAGAUCAAUUGGUGAUGAUGUUGAAUACAAUUGUGAAUGAAUUUGACAAGUUGACUGAGAAAUAUUUGAUUGACAAGAUCAAAACUAUUGGAGAUGCUUACUUUGCAGUUUCAGGAACGCACUCUUCAAAAUCAUCUGAUCAUCCUGAAAGAAUGUUAAAGUUUGCAAUCUCAGUUUAUUCAUUCUUGAGAGAUUUCAAUAUUAAAUUUGGAAAGGAAGUGAAUUUGAGAAUUGGAAUGCACACAGGACCAUGUGUUGGAGGUGUUAUUGGAACUAAAAAAUUUGCUUACGAUUUGUGGGGUGAUACAAUCAAUACAGCCUCUCGAAUGGAAUCAACAGGUGUUCCAGGAAGAAUUCAAAUCUCCAGAGCAACCUAUGAAAGAGUAUUCGAUUUGGGAUAUGAAUUUGAAGAAAGAGAAUCAAUCUAUGUUAAAGGAAAAGGUGAAAUGAAAACAUACCUGUUAAAGGACAAACAUCAUGAUAAUCCAAUUCCAAAGAUUGAAGAACUUCAAGAGAAUCCUGUUGAAACUCUUCCAACUAAACCUCCAGUCAGCCGUUCAAGUUCCUCCGCUGAUGAGUUGACCGUUCUUAAAAUCAAUAACAAUACAUCCGAUCUUAGUGCAGAUACCCAAUAA